AUGGAUGGAGGAGGUUUCGGAGGACAAUUUGUUGAUCUUAAGUUUGAUUCAGAAGAACAGAAUUUUCCAUAUCACAUGUUGAUGUCUACAAAGCAAUUCAAGAUUCUCAACCGUAAACUUAACUAUAUUUUGCAAUCACAACCUGAUUAUGGUGCAAAGAAUUCAAUUUCGGAUGUGAAGACUAUACGUGAAGAUGUUAAUAGAAAUCUUGAUGAAGUGAAAGUUAAUGUUACGAAAGAGCUUCGUACAAAUUAUUCUUCUCUUCAAGAAAAAGUCGAUACUAUUACUGUUGUAGUCACAAAGUUAGGAGUAUUGCUGGGCGAAAUUAAAAAGCUUGUGUUGAAGCCUGCUCAAACAUCGUUUUUAACUCCUGAGUUCCUAACUCAGAAAAUUCAGAUUCUUGAUCAAGCGAUUCAAAAGGCCGUUGCUCCUAUUUCUAAUUUCGCAAAUCUUUUACCAACUGGAGCCCCACCUGUUGCCAUAGGGGUGCAACGGGGAGAAAAUGAGAAAAUAUUUAGUAAAGAUGCGAAGACAAACAAGGGAGGAAAUAUGAAAACAACACAAUAA